AUGGAAGAUGAUAUUCUUGAUUGGCAUUUUGUUCUUCUUGGAGCGCCAGAAUCUCCUUUCGCAAGAGGGUUAUAUCAUGGCAGAAUACAACUUGACAGGGAUUAUCCAAUGAAGCCUCCUCGUGUUAUUUUUCUAACGCAGAGCGGGAGAUUUGAACUUGGGACACCUCUUUGUUUGAGCAUUACGUCGCAUCAUGCUGAAUGCUGGCAG